GUCACUUCUGUUUGACGUUUCAAUCACUGUCAAAGUCAUCUGCCAUGUCAAAUUGUCAAUACAUCGAUAGCAAAACAGGAUCAGAAAUAUCCGAUUUAUAAAUUAAAUUGUUAUGUGCGCGGGAAGAUAAUGUGUGUAAUUAAUAUAUCUGUAGAUAUUUGACAGUAAGCAUAAAUGUAUCGAAGAAUUAAUGUUAUGGGUUACAGAUUAAACGGCUCGAAAUGUCUUGGCCUUUGUCUGAUAUUAACUUUUGUAAUGGGCUGUUAUUUAGCUGCUUUACCUAUUCGAUACGAAAAAGAGGCAUUACCUAACCCAGUACGACAACGAUUAACAUCGCAAGAACUGCCGAAAAAACGACUGGCGGUGCUCGUGCCUUUCCGGGACCGCUUUGAGGAGCUACUGGAGUUCAUUCCUCACAUGUACACCUUCCUAAACCGCCAGAAAAUACCGUUUCACAUAUUCAUAGUGCAGCAGAAAGAUAAUAAUAGAUUUAACAGAGCUUCGUUAAUAAAUGUUGGGUUUAUUUAUACGAAGAAGGACUAUGAUUAUAUAGCUAUGCAUGAUGUGGAUUUACUGCCAAUGAAUGACAAUUUGAAGUAUGAUUAUCCUCGUUCGGGACCGAUGCACAUAUCGUCCCCUCAGACGCACCCAAAAUAUCAUUAUGACACUUUUAUCGGAGGCAUACUGUUGGUGAAAAGAGAACAUUAUGAGUUGGUCAAUGGUAUGUCUAACAACUACUGGGGCUGGGGACUAGAGGACGAUGAGUUUUAUGUCAGAUUGAAAGAUGCUAACUUGACUGUGAUGAGACCGAGCAAUAUUAGUACUGGUAUUGAUAAUACUUUUAGACAUAUCCAUGACAAGACAUACCGCAAGCGUGACAUGCGGAAAUGCUACAACCAACGCGAGGUAACCCGUCGCCGCGACCGUCUCACAGGCGUCCACGACGUGCUAUACAAACUUCUUAACACUCACACAGUAGCCGUUGACGGGUUAGACGUGACCGUUUUGAACGUGGAACUCAUUUGUGAUAAAGAAAGAACUCCUUGGUGUCAGUGUCCGGAAGCUGUGAAGGUUACGUCUAAAAAGAAUUAAUGUAGGUUUGUAAUGGUUUUUUAUACUUGUUCUGUUGUGUACCUGUAAAUAAUUCCAGUUUCCAGUUUGAGAAGACAAGAUCCUUCUUGCCCUUAAUGUGUAUCAUUUUAACAUUUCAUCAUUAUAUUUGGGUACCUACCUAAUCUACCUAUAUGUUCAUUCAGUUUUAGGUGAAUGUGAAAACAAAUAUUUGUUAUAUCAAGGUAACAAGACCAUGGCCUAUAUUUUAUCAGAGGGCAAAAUGAUAUUAAGUCAUAUUUCAUAAAUUCCCAUUAGCAAAUGUCCAUUAAAUUAGCAAAUAAUCUCAAUAUUCUUUUGUGUUGUUUUAUAACUUAUUGUAUUUAUUUAAGAAUAAUUUAUAAUUCUUGACUAUACCCAUAUUAUUAAUUGGUUUAAACAAAUCUGUCUAUAGAAGAAAUAGAAAAAUUAAAAAGUAAUUCUUGGUUGUGUUAAAAAGUAUUGGUCUACAAAAAUUGCAAUGUCUGUUUUAUCAGAAUAUUAUAAUUAUAAUUUGUUUAAAAUUUUACUGAUUGUGUCACAUUUUACUGUUAUCUAAACAGACAGCUAUUAAUUUAAAUAUCGUAUGUAUAUUAAUUGUUAUCAUUAUAUUAGUUACUCAGAAAUGUUGUUUGUGAAAAGAGGAUAAAUAAUUAGGGUAGUACUACACUCUCAAAUAUUUGUUUUUAUUACCAAUUUCAUUGUAUUUUUUUUUAAACUUUCAUUUCAAACAUUUAGUCCUUGGAAUUAUCCACGAUAUAUAAUUUACAGACAUUCCAUUCAAUGUCUAUUUUCAUUAUAUUGUAUGAAGUCGUCUAUAUAUCAAAUGUAUAAAAAAUAAAAGUUAUUUGAUAAGUGUAACCUUUAUACAUAUUUUUUUCUAGAAUUUGUGUGUAACAAUAUUUAUUAUGUUUUAAUAUCAUAAUAAUAUUAAGACUGUACCUAAUACUAACACUUUUAUUAUUUUAGACUAGUAUUAUGAACAUUCAUAGCCAUUUUAGUUUAAGACUUAAUUUUAUUUGUUGUAAAAAGGUUGUUUCAAUUGGUUGUAUCGAAAUUAAUUUAAAAUUAUUUAUAAAUUACAAGCCCUGUCUAUGCAAUUAAUUGUGCUAUUUUUAUAUUAAAAAACUGCUGAAGAAAUUGAGAUGAUACUUGGGAUAGGCAAAGAUAAUCCAAAAAAUAUGUUAAAAAUCUGGAAAUAAAACAAAUAAGUAAAUAAAUAAACCAUUUUUAUUUCGUAAAGCGUAAUUGUUACAGAUAAGGUUAGACUAUCGGUUUCCAAACAUUGUUUUGACUAAUGUAAGUAAACUGUUAAGCGGCCACUUAUCAAUUGAUUUUAACUGAUUACAACAUGUAACUAACCGACAAAUUGUCUUUGUAUAUCUUACUGAUAUUUUUGGAUAUUUCCUUAUUUUUUUAUUUUUAUGUCCUUAUCAAAGUUACUUGAACAUCAAUCAUUAAUUACCAUAGAAACGAUAAGAUAAUGUUUUUACAAUUUUAUUUUUUAUUAUUAUUGAUUCAAAUGAAAGAAUAAGUUGCCGCUUAAAAUUAAGUGCCCAUUGACAGCUUAGCACGGUAUUUUUAGGCGACCGACGAAUAAAAAUAUAAAUCAAUAAUAACGCAAUAAGGUUAAAAUCUCAACGGUUUAGCACAAAAACCUGGAAUUCUUUGAUAUUUGGUAUUUUUUAUUUUAUUACCAAACAAUUUAGUAUGAUAUUUUUACUUGUCGCUUAAAAAUACCGUGCUGUGCUAUCACAGGGGGGUAGGCUUAACUGUGCAAUUUCUAAGGAACAAUGUAUUUGUACAUAGUUAUAAUAAUUAUGGUUUUACAUGGUUGUGCAUUACACUGAAAAUCUACAAAAAUGUUUGAUGGUAUAUCUACUCUAGGGUGGCGGAUAAAUUACACAAAAAUAGUAAAAAAAAACUGUUUCUCAUUGUUACUUUUAAUUUAAAAUUUUCGGAUAAAUGGUUAUACAAGAACUAUCUAACAAAUGGUGUGUUACAUUUAGAAAAGGGCUACAUAAUAUACAAAAAGCCUAUUCAGAAUUGGGAAAAAAACCUGAAUAUUUAUUUGUUUGCAAAUGAAUGAAUCUUGUACUUUAUAAUGUAUGGGUGACUAUAAGAUUAUAGAACUUGAAAUAUUUGCAUGACUAAUUAUAAGUCGAAUAUAGUGAAACCAUAUUUUUUUAUUGUAUCGACCAUCAUAUUGUACCUAUAUUCUGGCAAAUAAAUAAAUUUCAUUUCAUUUCAUUUCAUUUCAUAUAUUGAGUAUCUUGCGGUUUUUAAAAUGAUGAAUAAUGGCACGAUAUUUGACUUAAUAAAUUCUUCAAUAAACCAGUGAUUAAAGUGUAAUAACUUCAGAAAUAGUGUUUACAAUGCGAUUAUUGUGUAUAAAAUAUUUAAUUAUUCAUAUUGUGAAUUAAUGUUUAUCAAAUGAUACAAAAUAUCGAUGUAAUAUCUAAGUCACGAACCUUACAACUAAACGAUAAAAGCAAGGAACAUACAAAUUAAGUAUUCUGAGGUUGGCAGUCCCUAAUGGAGAGAUUCCACCAAAAUGAUUGCAGUUUCGCGAACAUUUUAGAAAUGUUCGCAUGCAGUUUGUCACCUUUAAUAGGCACAGCAAACUAGAAUUUUAUAACAACUUAUGUUUAUUUUUAUUGUUUGUAAUGCUGGUGGUGUGCCAAUAAAUAAAUAAAUUUGUUACUGUUUGCUAGAACGAGUAAACCAGAAGGUUCAUUUGUUUGCACACUGGUAGAAUCUCGCCUUAACUAGUUUGCUAAGCAAAUAACAUGUGAAUGACAUUCAGGUUAAAUCCAAACUUGCGACAUCUUCAGGAAAAUAGAUGCGCUAUUUGAGAAUAAUUUUAAGUACAUACUAUAUACAUAAAUUCGUCAAAGUAUAAAAACAUAUUUUUUUUAUCUUUUGAAAUCCAGGUUAUUCUAUUGAAGCACUUUUAAACACAUAAGAUCUUAAGUACAAUUUUAUUUCAUAAUAUCUGAAUGUAAUUCACAUGUUAUUUGACAAUAUCCAGGCUUAAUACAAAAAUAAUAAUAAUUUACUAAUCAGAUCCUUAAAAUAAGUACACAUUCAAUAUGUAUAACUAUAAAUCAUAAAAAAGGAAUGAAUUAUAAUUUAUAAACAACAAUUAAAACCUAUCCAAUAUAUUUUGAUAAGCCGAUUCUAUACAAAAAACCUACAUACAUAUUUUAUUUGUAACUUUUUUAUAAUAAAACUGUUGAAACUUCAUUUUUGUUUCUUAAGCCAAAAACAAAUUAUUUUACACAUAUUGCACAAAAAAGAGCUACUCAGGCAUUCUAAAAUACACUCGUACAAAAAUUGGACUACUUAAACAGUACAUAAAGCAUUAUAAUCAAGAUAGGAGCUACUUCAAGCUAGCUAUCUCUUUCACACUUGUUUUAGAUUAUAUAUGUGUGAAAGAGAUAGCAAGAUUAGUUGGUAACUUUGUUUAAUUACUUGUGACUUAAUGAUGCAAAGACUCAUUGAUUAUAAAAUUUAAGGGUUGCUCACUAAGGCCUUAAUACACCGACAACAGAAACGUACGCAACGUAAACGUCUUAAGACAACUGUUUACUAUGAAUGUGCCUGAGAGGGCACAAGGCAAGUAAAGCGGGCGUCCCCGAAUGCUACUCAGUAGCAGUCGUUGUUACAAUUCUACAUCAGGCGGACACUUGAGAAAACUCUGACACUAAAACACUGUCAGGUGAUUAAACCUGCAGCUCACUCGAUAAGACCGAUGUUUUAAGAAAAACGGACGUUUAUGUUGUCGAUGAAAAUGGGCCAAAAUAUAUUUACCAUUUACCGCU